AUGGAGGCCACAGCGACCACUAGUACCACCGACAACAAACAGCUCGCAUGCCUCGGCCUGACGACGCUUGCCCUGCGACUCCUCAACGAGCUCGCUGAAACAAGCGCCAGCAGCAACCUCGUCUUCUCGCCGCUGUCCAUCUACACCGCGCUUGCCCUCACCGCCGCCGGCGCCCGGGGCGCGACUCUCCAGGAGCUCCUCGUCGUCCUCGGCGCAAGGUCCCGCGAUGAACUGGCCGAGAUCGUCCUCCGUUUUGCGAAGCAGAUCCUCGUCGACCGGUCGCCGACGGGCGGGCCGCACGUCCUGUUCGCGUGCGGCGUCUGGCACGACGAGACUCGGAAGCUCAAGCCCGCCUUCCGCGACGCCGCCGCACAGUCGUACAAGGCGGAGACCCGUGCCGUCGACUUCCGAAAAGAGCCAGGGGAAGCCGUCAAAGUGAUCAACGCCUGGGCGGCCUCGGCAACGAACAACCUGAUCGAGAAGAUGCUUGAGGGGCCAGUGCCCAACAAGACUGACAUCAUCGUCGCCAACGCCAUCUACUUCAAGGGCAUGUGGGACGUGCCUUUCCGCAAGGAGUGCACCGAGGACGACAAGUUCCACCGCCUCGACGGCAGCACCUUCGACGUCCCGUUCAUGACGAGCGGGGAGAAGCAGUACAUUGCCUGCCACCAAGGGUUCAAGGUUCUCAAGCUCCGGUACAAGAAAGGCAGCGGCCGCUACUCAUCCUGGUCGUCGUUCUCGAUGUGCGUCUUCCUCCCAGACGCGCGCGACGGUCUCACAGGCCUCAUCAGCAUGAUGGCAUCGUCCAGCGCGGACUUCCUGCGCGAGCACCUGCCGACAAGCCUCGUCAGUGUCCGCAAGUUCAAGCUGCCCAGGUUCAAGCUGAGCUUUUCAGGGGACGACAUGCCCGCCGUUCUCCGCAGGUUGGGACUCCAGGUGGCAUUCAACGAAACAAAUGCCGACCUGCGCGACAUGGUGGAGGAGGACGGCACAGGUAGGCCGUUGGCUCUCGGGAAGAUCAUCCACAAAGCUGUCAUCGAGGUGAAUGAGGAAGGUACCGAGGCGGCAGCAGUCACCGCCUGUAUGAAGGUCAUGAGGAGCGCACCACCGAAGUUGCCCGUGGAUUUCGUGGCUGACCACCCGUUUGUCUUUUUUGUAAUCCACGAGAAGUCUGGCGCCAUCGUCUUUGCAGGGACAGUCCUUGAACCCACGCCGUCGAUGCCUGGCAAAAAGCUUCUUCACGGUGGUCGAGUGCAGGGUGAUGAAAACGCCAACAGGAGCCUAAUGUCAUCUCUUCGUCAUUACCUUGGUUCCUUGUUCGGCUAA